AUGGACGUCAACUUCACCCAUUUCCCGAAGACUAGCAGUCAUCCACUGCAAUCGAUUUCGGCUGUACCCUCUGCUGCUGCUAGUAGUAUAACUGUUGGCAAUGGCACGGGAUACUUCACUGAUGAGGAACGGGAUGCUGUCCUUUUAGCCCAGCUCCCGCCCUCUCGUGGCAACUCGGACAGCCCCCCUUACCACAUUUUCACAAGACGCCAAAAAUGGAACUUGGUCUACCUCGUCUCUCUAGCUGGUUCCUUCUCUCCUCUUUCGUCAAAUAUCUACUUUCCUGCCGUCGAUACCAUCGCUACCGAACUUGGUGUCAGUGCGUCCUUGGUAGCACUGACCAUAACCGUGUACAUGGUUGUCCAGGGCAUCGCCCCCUCCAUUUUCGGUGCCGUUUCGGACACUGGUGGUCGGCGUUUAGCCUUUGUGUUGACGCUGAGCGUGUACACAGCUUCCAACCUGGCUCUGGCAUUCACCUCCAAUUAUCCCAUGCUAAUGGUGCUUCGAGGCCUGCAAGCUGCAGGGUCUGCUGCCACAAUCAGUAUCAGUGCUGGCGUAAUUUCCGAUAUUGCAGAUCCGAAUGAGCGUGGGGGCUUCAUGGGAACAAAUGCAGGAAUUAGGAUGACUGGGCAGGCAAUUGGACCCAUCAUUGGCGGUGCGCUCAAUAGUGCUUGGGAUUUCCGAAGCAUCUUUUGGCUCCUCUUUAGCAUGAGUAUUUCGGUACUUCUCGGUCUGCUAGUCUUCCUACCUGAGACGCAACGGACUGUCGCGGGAAACGGGAGCAUUCCCCUUUCUGGAUUCAAGAAGCCUUUCACCUAUUGGAUCCAGCCACCCAAAGAAUGGGCUACUGAGAGCAAACAGACACUUGAGCCCUCUAAAGUACGCCCUUCUCUUAAGGAGGUCUUCGCCCCGCUAGGAUACAUUUUCGAGAAAGACAUUGCCGCACUCUUAUCCUGGGGCGCUAUUGUCUACACGGCAUGGAGCAUGGUGACAUCUUCAACAACGACUGCUUUACUAAGAGGGUAUCCAUUCUUGAAUCAAUGGCAGAUCGGCCUCUGCUUCCUACCCAAUGGUUUAGGAUGUGUUCUGGGGUCUCUUUCUACAGGAAGACUGUUGGAUCGGAGUUUCAAGAGCGUUGAGGAACAGUAUAAGAAAGAACGACGAGUCAGCACAGUCAACAUCAAGAAGGAUAGAGAAUUCCCCUUUGAGCGCGCGCGGCUCCCCAUGGUACCAUAUUUCAGCAUCGCCUUUGUAAUUUCAAUGGCUUUGUAUGGACCCAGCUUUGAAUUGAACGACAUUCAUCGCUUUCAGUCUUCCAACCUUGCCGCCCCUCUCAUCCUGCAAUUCUUCAUCGCUUUCACAUCCACGGCGAUCUUCAACGUCAACUCUACCAUGUUGAUUGAUUGCUUUCCAGACAGAUCGGCAAGUGCAACUGCCCUCAACAACCUCUGCCGUUGUCUUCUGGGUGCGGCUGGCGUUAGUGCCAUCCAACCCAUGAUUGAUGCAAUGAAGCUGCGAAACUCGUUUUUGAUUUUGGCCGGGGUGGUUAUUAUAUUUUCCCCUCUUAUUUGGAUCGAGUGGAGAUGGGGACAGUCCUGGAGGCAGGAGAGGGAAAGAAAGAAAAUGGUGAUCAGCACUUAG